UAAAAUAUUCACAAGAUUGGAUUCAUAAGCUUGAAAACAUAUCAUCUCGAUCUGUAUUCUUGUGCGAAAUCUUUGAUUCUGUUACUGAAACUCGCGAUACAAACAUGAAUCUAACAUACUUGGUGGAAUCGAUCAUUUUGGCGCCAAAAUAUGACGUCACCAAGCGAGCUUUGGGUUUUCCCCUUUGGAAAUCUAUAUCAGAAAACAUGUCUCGACGUGUCUUCUGAAUGCGUUUUGAUUGGAUAAAUCGGUAAACCACGCCUUCAAAGUCGCGCGAGAUUUGACUAGUAAAUAUUAUUGCCAGAAAUUACGCAGCAAAACUAGAGGGCGGACAAGGGAGAUAGGGACUAGCGAACAGCUGGAAAUCUUACAUCAGAGAAUCUUUAAGAAACCCUUUCCAUGAGAAAAUGGAGUUCAGGCGUUCAUCACCCGCCCUUGGGGCACGUGCGGAGGAAGGACAUGAUGACGUCAUCAACGUGGCAACCCCCGUAGCGAAAUUAAGAUUGCGUUCAAGGAACGACAGCGGCUAUACGUCAGCCUCGUCCACGACCGCUUCCCCCUUUACUAGCAACUCGUCCCCAUGCAUGUUCAAGUUCGAGGAUUUACCUCAGGACGUCUUUGACGUUGACCAUCAACAGGUGUUGGGCGCCUCAUUCACCGAGUAUUCCACGCCGGUGUUCCACGGUGGCGACUCCGCGUGUGAUCUCAGUGAAAAACUUGUUGAUGUGCGUCUGAAUAACACCGACGAUUUUGAUCGGAUUCGUGACGUCACAAGUGUAAAUGUGGACCAUGAAGAACAAAUGGACACCGGCCUAGAUGCGGAGGUCGUACGUAUCACAACGGACACGUUUAAGGGUCCCGUUACGCCGCCCGUAGACAUGCCCAGACCCUCAGCGCCUUUCCCUUAUGUUCUGGAGACCCAGGACCAGUUUGAGCCAAUAGAGGAUGAAGAACCGGUUGACAUGGUAACCGACUUAGAUCCUAUAGGCUUCGUGAGCAGACAGCGUUCAGCGUCUCUCCCGGAAGUAACGACCGACUUUAUCCGCCAACAGGAAGUGGGCCGGGAGCUGCGUUUGUACGCAGACGAGUUCAACCACCAACAUGACCGCUAUCACAGGCGUAGAGCAUUGUCCGUACAGAUCCCGGUGGCAGUCUUGGGGUUACAAGUUCAAAUCGUCGCCGAGUCUUCCCCGCUGUAUGACAUUUCCGGUUGGCCUAACCUUCGGGAAGUUCUCGCUCAACAUUCCCGUUACACCCAAACCGACCGGGAUGUCGAUUGAUGAUGUGAUGCUCGGAUAAAAGUUCGUAGUGCAAAUGAAAUUAUUGUCCAUCUGUAUGAUGUACUAAGCAUUGAUGACGUCAUUUAUAAAGUUUAAUGUACAGCAUGACCAGAUGCUAACAAAAUCCGCCUUUCUUGUCUUCUACGGUUGUUAGUUGUAGGAUUUAUUGUAAUCGAUUUGUUUGUUUUUUUCAAGAGGUGCUUUUUAAAAUAUUGAAAUAUGGACCGAUCAUUGUCACCGUAAUUUUGAUUUUCUCUUCACCGGUCCGAGGAUCUCAUGUAGGUAGAGCAAAUUAUAUCUGGGAUACAAAUUUGUCGGUGUUGCUCAACAUGUAUUUUAAAUGUUUAAGAAUGUUGCCUAGCAACAUAAAUUCUUAACCGGCAUCUUCAUUCUUGUCUGCUCAACAUGGUAGUCAAUCAAUGACCAGCUUUAGAAGCCACAAUCAUUUCCAUUGGUGAAUAAUUAUGAUGGGUUUUCGGUAGAGGCUAAGUACAAACAUACAUGUAGGUCACAUUGUGGGGUGAAGAGUAUUUGUCAACAUCAUUCAAUCAUUUUUUCUCACAUAGUUCUUGUAAAUAAACUGUUUCUUUUAUUCACGUUUUGAAGUCUAUAGUUAAUGUGUACCCUGACAUUUGAAUGAGUCUUUUCCGUAUAUUUGUACAUUAAUAAAGUAUGUUUUGAUUAAGAUUUUUAUUUUUUUGAAUGAUUUUGUAUAUUUUGAGUGUGAUUUUUUAUUUUGAAGGUUUUCUUUUUUUAUUAAUUUUAAAUCCUUGUAAAUGAGCUUUGUCAAACUGAUUGUUUAUAUUUGUAACAUUUUUUGUUUAUGAUUGCUGACAGACGUUUUUCUUACCUAUAUGUGUCUUGUUGAAGUUUUUGUUGUUGUUUAUCUGUUGACAGACAGAGAGUCGACUUUAAAAUAUCAGUAUUUAAACACGAAAUUCUUUUUUCAAGUUGUUUGCUCAGGCCUGUCAUAAUUUGUGGAAGUCAUGAAUUGACACUGCUGUGUACAUGUUUGGAGCUAUGUAGUGCAUAGCCUAAUCUAAUGGAAACUUUUCACUUCGGUCAUUGGGUACAUAUUUCCAUCUUUUCAUGGUUGAUUUGAAACUUGAAAACAUUGAUAUUUGUCGAUACUUCUUUGUAUGUGUUCAUGUAUUUACUCUUUUAUUUACAAGUAUGUUAAAAGUGCUUUGGUUUGAACAUAGAAACCCGAUUUUAUUACUAUGACAGCGGUAGCAUGAAUUUAAGAUUGUGUGCGCUUGUGAUAGGAAAACUAAAUUGUUUUAAAUAUGUAGAAAGAAAACAUCCCUGAGGUAAGGAUUACUGAUUGAACUUGUACUUGCCCGAAAAGAAACGACAAUGAAUAAAAGAGUUUUUUCAGAUCACAUGCGGUUUAAUUAAGCAUAUCAUGUAUUUUCAAAAAUAGUUCAUCAACAUAAACAUGUAAUAGAUUCCGCAUAAAUAUUAGGUACAGACAUUUAAGCAGAAGAAAAUAUUAAUAUACAUGUAAUUAAGUCAAUCAUACUCUUAUUGCUUGAAUGUGAGUCAUAUUGUACAUAGUGUUUUUCCACCUACAACAUAAUAUACAAACAUGAGCAUGUAAUUCUCGUUUUUUGUUAAAAUUGUUUUGUUAGUGACUUGCAGUAAAAACAUUUAUUUGUGUUCAGAGCAAUUAAAAGUCCAUUGGUAACUUGAUCUCAGUGGUUUUAUAGAAAAAUAAUAAAAGUGAACACCCGCC